AUGGCCCCAUCCCUCACCAAGGCAUAUGUCGAUUUCUCCAAAUCCCAAGACCUCGUUGCCGACGUCAAAGCCGCGACUCCGGACGGCCUCGGUGCCCACGCCGUGCUUCUCCUCGCCGUCGCUGAAAAGCCCUUCCAGCAGGCCACUGAAUACGUUCGCUCGCGUGGCUCCGUUGUCGCCAUUGGUCUCCCAGCCGGGGCGUUCCUGAGAGCUCCUGUUUUCAACACGGUGGUGCGCAUGAUCAACAUCAAAGGAAGCUAUGUCGGUAACCGCCAGGACGGUGAGGAAGCGGUUGACUUCUUUGCUCGUGGCUUGAUCAAGGCACCAUUCAAGACGGCUCCGUUGAGUGAUCUUCCCAAGAUCUUCGACUUGAUGAAACAAGGCAAAAUUGCCGGCCGUUACGUCCUCGACGUGCCACAGUAA